AUGCUGUGCCGUGUGACCUCCAGGCUGUCAGCUAGGAUGUGGGGAAACACAGAGAAACAGUUGUGGAAAGACAGCAGUCAGACUCCUCCCUCAUGUGUUAUCCAUAGACUUGACCACAUCGUGAUGACAGUGAAGUGUAUCAAAGACACUACCAUGUUUUAUUCCAAGACCAGAACAGCUUGUGAUGUCCCCAUUGAGGAAGGUCCAGUGCCCAGAAUGGGAGAAAAAGGGCCUAUUAUGUCCAUCUAUUUUUGAGACCCUGACAGAAAUCUGAUUGAAGUGUCCAACUACAUCUCCUCAUAA